AUGCUUUCGAUCCGACUAUCCUUAGCGGUGGUGUUGACGGUGUGGUACGUGGUGAUGGUGGCGGCGGCCUGCUACGGCUUUGUCAUCAUCUUGCGCCGCUUCCGUCAGCCCCAAACCAUCGGCGACAUGGCGACGGAGUGGGUGCCGGUGACGAUCAUCCGGCCGAUCAAGGGCAUCGAUCCGGGGCUCCACACGUGUCUCCAGAGCUCGUUUGACCAGGACUACCCUCGUGAUAAGCUCCAGAUCAUCUUCUGCGUCGAAGACGCCAACGACCCGGCGAUGGGCACCUUGCGCCGCCUCGUCGCCGACCACCCCGACGUCGACGCCCAGAUCCUCGUCAGCUCUAAUUAUAACGCCGUCAAUAACAAGAGUGACGACCACUACGGACCCAACCCUAAGGUGAAUAACUUGGCGAAAGGGGUGGUGGCGGCGAAACACGACUUGUUGUGGAUCAUGGACCUGAACGUGUGGGCGCUGCGGCGGCUCUUGAAAAACGCCGUGUACGGGCUCCAACACAACUUAAACAACGGGGACGUCGUCGGUGGUGCCCGCCGCGUCGGGCUCAUCAACCACGUCCCCCUCGCGGUGCUGACGAACCCGCUGGCCACCGACAACGCCGACCUGAGCAAGACCACCAAGUUCUUGGGGGCGCGGCUCGACGAGAUGUUCUUGAUGACACUGCACUCUAAGUUCUAUUGCAGUCUCAACAACUUGAACAUUGCUCCCUGUGUCAACGGUAAGCUGAACUUGUACCGGCGCCUGGACCUCGACCACGCCGUGGCGCUGAUCGGGCGCUGCCAAUCACUGCCAUUUUUCAACACUGCCGAAGUCAGACGUGAUGCUCGUUAUUUCGCUGGCCUUGGUCCCGGCCACGCCAUCAAGUUCUUUGCUCGUUAUAUUGGUGAAGACAACAUGAUCGCCAUCGCGCUUUGGGAGCACGCGAUGUUGCGUCCCGCGCAUACGGGCGACGUCGUGGUGCAGCCGUUGCUGGGGCUCGACAACACGGUGAGAGACUACACCCAUCGCCGAGAAAGAUGGCUCCGCGUGCGCAAGUACAUGGUGUUGUUGGCGACGAUGAUUGAGCCCACCACCGAGCUGUUGGUGUGUGGGAUGAUGGGCAACGUCGGGUUGCUGACGCUCUUGUGGGGGCGGUGGUUUACCCCGUGGCUCUUCUUAUUGCACAUGACGAUUUGGGCCGUCGCCGACUUCUACCAGUAUCGCGUGCUUGUGGGCCAUAUCAAGUGUCCGCCGGUGCCCUACUGGAUCAGCGUGCUUCCUGCGGGGGCGCGGCCGGUGCUGGUGUGGCUUUUCACUUGGGCGAUGAGGGAAUUGUUGGCGCUCCCGAUCUGGGUGCUGGCGAUGAUGGGCCACGAAAUCGAUUGGCGGGGGAAGCCAUUCAAGAUCCUUAAGGACUUGACGGCGCGGGAAUUAUAG